CUCACCUGUUGUGUAUGCUUUCUCAUGAAGACAGUAGAAGUACAUAAAGGAGUCAGUUUUAACAGUCGCCAGUUUCCCGAUUUUGGAGUAUCUUAGAGGAUGUAAAAGAUUUGUAGACUGUUAAUUGCUGAUCUACCCAACUGAGCUGACCCAGUUUGGAGACACUUUUUGGUCUGUGUUCUACUCGGGUCAAUGAAAAGCAGUGAAGCCGGGUCAUGUGACCCCUCUGUGGGCUACAGGAUGUGUAUGGAGCCUUGUCGGCAUUCACAAGCUGGAUGGGGACAAACAAACGGCAGAAAACACACACUCCUUGACCAAAGGCUGGAUGUGCUGUAACCUCUUAACACAUCAGCCAUGCCCCUCCACAAUCACAUCGUGAAAGAGGCCUGGACACAGGACAGGAGUCAAGAGGAGGAGGAUUCUGUUCCCGCCCUAGUUCAGAAGCCAAAAAAGAAGAAAGAGGAGACCAACAUCACCUCAGAAGCCAAGCUCAUUGCAAAAGAGGCCAAGCCCAAAAAAGCAAAGACAAAAAAAAAUGAAGAUGGAUCCGAAGAGGAAAUUCCUUCCAUCCAGAAUGGAAAGAAGGUGAAGAAAAAGAAACCAGAAAAAGAUAAAGAAGAACCAGACAAGGGAAAAGAAAAGGAGAAAGAGCCAAAAAAGAAAGCCAAAAGUGCUCCAAAAAAGAAAAAAGGUUCAGGCAGCGAUAACGACGAUGAUGACGAUGAUGAAGACGCCUCCAAAAAGAAGACUAAGAAAAAGGCAACUAAAGACAGUUCUCCGUCUUCAACUUCUGCCAAAGAAAAGAAAUCAAAAUCUAAAGAGGAAAAAGAAAAAAAAUCCAAGUCAAAGGAGAAGGACAAGAAGAAAGAACCAGCGUCAAUGUUCCAGAUAAACGGAGACAAAGACUCAAAAAGCAAGAAGAAAGCUGCAAAAUCUGACAGUGAUGAAAGUGAAGAGGAGACAAAGUCCACCAAAUCUAAGAAGAAAUCCACUGCCGGCACAUCAUCCCUCUUCACAACAUCAGUAGACAAGGACAAGGACAAAGACAAAGACAAAAAGACAAAGAAAAAAGCAAAGGCAGAACAGAGUGAUGAUUCUGACUCAGAAAAAGAAGAGAAAUCAAAGAAGAAAAAAGGCAAAGGGAAGAAGAAAAAGGAGAGAUCUCCUUCACCGGAGAUUGAGUUUGACAACUUGGAGAAGUUUGUGAUGGAGCCGGCACCACAGGGCGUGACAGUGAAAUGCAGAGUGACCCGGGACCAAAGAGGGAUGGACAAGGGCUUCUACCCUCUGUAUUACUUUCAGCUUGACAACGAGAAGAAGACAUUCCUGUUGGCUGGGAGGAAAAGAAAGAAAUGUGCAACUUCAAAUUACCUCAUCUCUAUCGAUGCCACAGAUUUAUCGAGAGGUGGAGAGAAUUUUGUCGGAAAGCUGAGGUCUAACUUAAUGGGGACAAAGUUUACUGUCUUUGACAACGCUCUGAAUCCAGACCGAGCUCUUCCAGACAUGUCUAAUGCGCGGCAGGAGAUGGCUGGCAUCAUUUAUGAAACAAAUGUCUUAGGGAUGAAAGGACCCAGAAGAAUGACGGUUGUCAUUCCAGGGAUGGACACGAACAACGAGCGAGUGCCUCUCCGACCAAGAAGUGAUCUUGACGGCUUGCUGAUAAGGCACCAGAAUAGACGCAUGGAAAAUCUGAUUGAGCUGCAAAACAAGACGCCUGUGUGGAAUGAAGAUAGUUCGUCUCAUGUGCUCAACUUCAACGGCAGGGUCACCCAGGCUUCCAUCAAGAACUUCCAGAUAGUCCAUAGCAAAGACCCUGACUACAUCGUGAUGCAGUUUGGUCGAAUAGCCGAUGACAUUUUCACGCUGGACUACAACUACCCGAUGUGUGCCUUGCAGGCCUUCGCUAUCGCACUCUCCAGCUUUGAUGGUAAAAUUGCCUGCGAGUAACAGAAGGAUGCCCAGGUGUCUACUUACGCAUAAACCAUUACCAACACGCCCACAUCACAUAUUCCUACGAUAGGCCGCGUUAACAAAAGACAGUUCCUCUUAAGUGACAAUACCUGCUCCUGGUUGUCGCCGUUUAAGGGAGUGUGACUUCCUCCAGGUGUGAGAAACAAAAAUUGGUCUGACAUUAUCAUCUAAUCUGGCACUGCAUUGCACAGGAGAGUUGUGGUUUUUUCUUUCAAUUUGUCAGUGGAUAAGUCGUUUUUUCUGUGAAUCACAGAAUUUUGACAGCUAUUGGCAUCGUUAUACUCUACAUGUGCUGUAUGUUUAAAAUAAUGAUAAGUCAAAAAUGUGUUGUGUCAGAUGUGACUAUGAUAUGCAAACAUUGUUAUUCUCGCAAAAAUAAGGAUGAAAAGAAUAAUGGAAGUACUUUUAUUUGAAAGAAAACGGGUACUAAAUCCCUGCAAGGCUUCUCUGAGAGAAAAUAUAUUUUCAAGGACGUUGACAUUCCAGACGUUGGUCGAGUAACAUGGACAGAAGUGUUGCAUUUUGGAAUAGGAGUGUCUUGAUAUAUGGUGUUGUAUAACGUGACGUUUUGGACAAAAUAUACAUAUUUCUCUUUGGCUCUCAGAUGAUCUGAGCUCCUGUAGGAAUUCUACUAUUUAUUUUUUGGUUCCAUCAUUUUGUAAAAUGUAUUUAUUUCUGAACAUUGCCUUUUUUUUUUUUAGCAUUUCUAGGUUUAUUGUUAUGAUAUUUAUUUAUAAAACAGUGAACUUUUGAACUUGUGUGUGUACAAUUGGGAUUAGUUACAGACUGCAGAUCAUGGUCAUGUCUUUUCCUUGUACGAGACGAAUGUUUUUGUACAAAAUACAUUUAAUAAACUAUACUACAUAACUUCCCCAAAGUAAA